AUCACCGGGAUUUGAAGCAUUAUCCAGAUAAUUACUUAUCCAAACAAGAACCUCAAUUGCAUCACCCAGCCAAUCAACCACCCAAAAAUCGAAAUGGCAAGCACAACCUCCAAAGCCCGUCUACAGAACGACUUCGGCGCAGACCUCUGGGUUAAGGAUCGGCCUAAGCAUCACUCAACAGCAGGCCGAGGCCUCUUCGCCGGUCUGCAGGACACGAAACGCUACAAUGUUGAAUCGGGCUGGGCCAAGCGGAGUACUGCUGAUGCGCAGCCGGGGUUGUUUGGGUUGUUGUGGAGUCGGUUUACGGGGGGUUCGUACCGGCCGCCGACGGAGUAG